UACAAAAACAACAACACCCCUCUCCAGAACAGAGAAUCACUGAAAAUGGUGAGGUGAAGAGAGCUCCCAACCCCUUGCCACUGUAUGAGAAUGCAGCCUUCCAUCUUAGAAGAGGAGGAGAUGUUCCAGGCUUGCCCCAACAGCUUACAUCUCAAACAGCUCGAAGGACAGCUCUGCUCCCUCCUUUCAUGCGAUCUCAAUCGCCUGCUUACAUCCAGCCAAUCCCAGGCCCCCCUUCCCUUCUCCCUUCCAAUAGCCAGAGGCUGACCUAUGACCUUCCAAAGGAGGAACCAGACAUUGGAAGUUAUCCAUGGGAUCCAGACUACUCAUACAAUAUCCCAGAAGGCAGUGGGGAAGAAAUUAAGCAUCCAAACACCACCGGCAACAGUGGAUCAGCACAGAAGUCAGCUCCAGCCUUGCCACCAAGAUCUUCCUUUAUGAGGUCCUGUCCAGAAUACCUAGUUCUGUUGCCUGAUUCUUUCUCAUCCUCGACGUCUUCCUCUUCAUCCCCCAGAUCAGGGGAACCAUUGGUGGGGAAUCCAAAUGUGAUCCUAGUCAGUUUGGGGGCACUGAUAUCAGAGGAAAAUGUGCUCACCAUAGAGGGAGAGCCCACCUGCUGCUCGCAGUGUGGCUCUGUGCUGGACUCCAUCUAUGACAAUGUGGUGAAUAUCUGUUAUUUUUGCCAGUCAUCAUGGGAACCACCUACCUUCUCAUCUGCCAAAUGUCUCGGUUGCCAGGACAGUGUUUUCCUGUUGACCCCUGGUGACAAAGCCCUGACCCGUACAGACACACUGCUGCUGUUCUGUAUCGACAUCUCAGCGUCCAUGAGUAUCACCUCCCAGGUGUUGGAAGGAAAACAGCCAAUCUACAGAUCACGUCUUCAGUUUGUUCAGGAAGCAGUGUUACAGAGUGUUCAGAAGCUGAGUGAAACACAACCACACAUGCAAGUAGGACUCAUCACAUUCAACAAUCAGGUGACUCUGCAUGGAUAUGAAGAGUUCACCUCACGUUUUUUGUGUGGUGCCGAGUUGAUUGACAGUGAAUACCUUAAGGAAGCAGCGUUCAGCUUCCCCAGCCCACCCCCCCUCUCCAGGACAAGGGACUGUCUACAGAGAGAGAUUCUAGGAUUGUCUGAGAGUGGUGCCACGGCUCUAGGUCCAGCUUCUCUUGUAGCCAUAGCGAUGGCUUCUCGGCAACCAGGGUCAAAGGUGAUCAUCUGCACAGAUGGAAAGGCCAACACAGACCUGGGGAAUCUGGAGGUGGAGGGCAAUGAUGCUCGAUCUCACCUCUCCUCCACCAUCUUCUACCACGACCUGGGGGAGUACGCAGCUAGCCAGGGGGUGACAGUGUCAGUGUUGGCUAUCGAGGGGACAGACUGCAAACUUGAUGAGCUGGGGAGACUAGCAGACCGCACAGGCGGAAAGGUGGUGAUAGCAAGUCCAAAUGAACUAUACACUGAAUUUGAGGAGAUUAUACAGAACAGGACGAUAGCGACACACUGUAGUGUCACUUUGCUGCUGCCCACAACUCUGUGUGUGGGAAGAGAGAGAGAGGCCGGGAACAGCGGGACCAGAGAGGUGGGCAAUGUGGCAUCAGACACAGAAAUCACCUUUCAAUUUGGAGCGAGGGAACACAGCUCACAGGGAGAGGCCCCAGUGGCAGAUGGCUGCGUGUCUGUCCAGCUGCAGCUGAGAUACAAACAGAAGGAUGGACGCUGUAUGCUCAGAGUGCUGACUGCUGAGAGAGAGGUGACGGAUGACAGCUCAGUGGUCCUCUCCUCUCUGCUUCUAGCCAUCAUUCAGCUCAACUCAUCCCAGGCCAGCGCCGCUCUAGCUGUCAGGGGCCGCUUCCAAGACGCAAGGAGAGAGGGGGAGACACAGAGGGAACUGAUUGAGAGAGCCCUAGAGUAUCAUCAAAAUGCAGAGGACAAACAGAUUUAUUCGGAAUGGCUUAAAACCAUGGACCCUAUACACAACAGCCUACAAAACUACACAAGGUCUCUAACGGACAAGUGUGCUGCACUGCUGUACAGCAUGAAGAACAGCAACAGGAAGUCUAUUUUACUGAAGGAAAAGCACAAACACUGAUUGGUGACUACUGACUAUGCCUGAUAUCCUUGGAAGCUAUUCAAGUUCUACCGACUUCUGGGGGAGGCCUAUUUAUGCACAAAUCGGACUAAUUAAUGUAUCUAACAAAAAUGCAACAUCUGGAAAUAUAUGAUUCAUAAUAGCAUUAACAACUGUCGAUAUUGUACUUGUUCAUUCUAUAUGUAAAAACAACUUUUCCAAAGAAACAAUAAAACUUGAUCCCGUUCUUAUCUAUGCAAACUAUCAGAACUUCAUGUCAGAACUGCGAUGGCACAUAGCAAGUGAAAUGGGUUUGUACCUACAGUGCCUUCAGAAUGUAUUCAUACCCCUUGACUUAUUCCAACUUUUGUUGUGUUACA